GCAAGGUCUUGAUUCUUGAACGAUAUUUCGAUUGCCACUGGAACUCCUCAUGGCUAAUUCUUGUUUGUGUAGCACUUGCUUCUUCUUUUUCUUGGUUAUGGUUUGGUUCUCGGGCUGCAUUGCUGGCCAAAUUGGUUUGGGUUCUAGACUGUUGGCGAGUGAUCAAGGACGACCUUGGGUUUCGGAUAAUGGAACCUUUGCUUUUGGUUUCACUCCAUCAGACAAUCGUGAUCGUUUUCUGCUUGGAAUCUGGUUUGCUGAGCUUCCUGGAGAUAGAACCGUAGUUUGGUCAGCUAACGGAAACUCUCCUGUCACCGAAGAUGCAAUCCUGGAGCUGGACACAACUGGAAAUCUCGUGCUCAUAGAUGGGGACGCCACUGUUUGGACGUCAAACACAUCAGGAACCCGUGUUGAAUUUGCAGUCAUGUCGGAAUCAGGCAAUUUCAUCCUAUAUACCGCCAACAACCGCCCUGCAUGGCAAAGUUUUGAACACCCAUCCGAUACACUUCUUCCAAACCAGCCCUUGACAGUUUCACUAGAACUAACAUCAUCAAAGUCACCGUCACAUGGUGGCUAUUAUGCUCUCAAAAUGCUUCAACAGCCUACUUCACUAACCCUUGCCUUAACAUACAACUUGCCUGAUUCGUAUGAUGCUUCCCCUGAAGCUUAUACUAACUACUCCUAUUGGGCGGCACCUGAUAUUUCCAAUGUUACUGGGGAUGUUGUUGCAGUACUAGAUGAAGCAGGAAGCUUCGGAAUUGUCUAUGGCGAGUCAUCAAACGGAGCAGUUUAUGUGCACAAGAAUGAUGGAGAUUAUAACGGAUUAGCUUCUGCAACAAAUCAAUCAAAUGUACGAUUGUCAGUCCUUCGGAGAUUGAUAAUUGAGACUAAUGGCAAUUUACGUAUGUAUAGAUGGGAUAAUGAUGUUAAUGGGUCACGCCAAUGGGUGCCGGAAUGGGCUGCGGUGUCAAACCCCUGUGAUAUUGCUGGAAUAUGUGGUAAUGGAAUCUGUAAUUUGGACAGAAGCAAGACAAAUGCUUCUUGUAAAUGCUUACCUGGUACUUAUAAGGUAGGCAGUGCCGGUGAAAGCUAUUGCUCGCAGAAUUCAUCUUUGACCAGAAACUGUGAUUCUAGGAAUAAAAAUUACACCUCUCAGUUUAAGAUUGCAACAGAACAACAAACCAAUUACUAUUUCUCUUAUUUUUCUGUGAUAGCAAAUUACAGUGACAUUGCCACGGUCUCAAAGUGUGGAGAUGCCUGUUUAUCAGAUUGUGAUUGUGUUGCUUCUGUUUAUGGGUUAGAUGAUGAGAAGCCUUACUGCUGGAUUCUGAAGAGCCUGGACUACGGGGGAUUUGAGGAUCCUGGCUCCACCUUGUUUGUGAAGGUCAGGUCUGAUCUCUCAUUUGAACCCGGUGAUCACACAAGAGGGUCCGGUGAUUCUUCAGAAGGUUCUGGCAAUGGCCGUGAGAAGAUUUUGGUGCUUCCUAUUGUACUAGGCAUGAGUUUCCUUAUUGGGUUACUUUGUCUAUUACUAUAUUACAAUGUUCAUAGAAGAAAAUAUUUAAAGAAAGCUAUUGAAAGCUCUUUGAUUUUGGAAGGAGCUCCCCUGAAUUUCAGCUAUCGUGAUUUGCAACUUCGUACCAGCAAUUUUUCUCAGCUGCUCGGAACAGGAGGAUUUGGAAGUGUAUACAAGGGAAGCCUUACUGAUGGAACAUUGGUGGCUGUGAAGAAACUUGACCGUGUUUUGCCUCACGGAGAAAAGGAGUUUAUAACUGAAGUAAAUACAAUUGGCUCAAUGCAUCACAUGAACUUAGUUCGCCUAUGCGGGUACUGCUCUGAGGGUUCACAGCGUCUUCUGGUUUACGAGUUUAUGAAAAAUGGAUCCCUGGACAAGUGGAUCUUUCCUUCCUAUCAGAGCCGGGACAGGUUGCUGGAUUGGCCAACUCGCUUCAAUAUUGCUGUGGCUACCGGGCAAGGAAUUGCAUAUUUUCAUGAGCAAUGUAGAAAUCGAAUAAUACACUGUGACAUCAAACCAGAAAACAUCUUGUUAGAUGAGAACUUCUGCCCCAAAGUAUCAGAUUUUGGACUAGCUAAGUUGAUGGGAAGAGAGCACUCGCACGUUGUAACUAUGGUCAGAGGAACUAGAGGGUAUUUGGCACCUGAAUGGGUUAGCAAUCGUCCUAUAACUGUCAAGGCUGAUGUUUACAGUUAUGGAAUGCUCCUUUUGGAGAUUCUUGGUGGCCGAAGAAACCUUGACAUGUCUUUUGAUGCUGAGGACUUCUUUUACCCUGGAUGGGCGUACAAGGAGCUCGCAAAUGGCACACCUAUUAAAGUUGCAGAUAGGCGACUAGGAGGGGCAGUAGAUGAAGAAGAGCUCACGAGAGCAUUGAAAGUUGCCUUUUGGUGCAUUCAAGAUGAGGUCUUCAUGAGGCCUUCAAUGGGAGAAGUGGUGAAAAUGCUAGAAGGAUCUAUGGAUAUUAACGAACCACCAAUACCUCAAACAGUUUUGGAAUUGGUUGAGGAAGGCUUGGAACAGGUAUACAAAGCAAUGAAAAGAGAUUUCAAUCAGUCCAGCUCCUUUACCAUCACCACCCGUCCAUCAUCUCAGGCUACCUGCAGUUAUUCCACAAUGUCACCCAGAUGAUCUUUGUAAAACCAGAACAAAAUUUUGUGCGGAUCAUGUGAUCGCAACCUUUGGAUGCUUCAGGCAGCUGUCAAAAGGUUGGUCAAUAUAGUAAUUUUCUUAGCUGUCACCAAAUGAUUGUCACCACCCAAUUCAUCGCUGCUUGCACAGCAAGGAAAAAAAAAACAGAGAAGGAAAUUCAUUGUUUCCA